ACACCAACAGACAGAAUGAAAGUCCUGUGGAUCUUUGCCUUCCUCGGAGCAGCAGUUGCUGCCACCUUGGAUGAGAAUGACGACGACAAGAUUGUUGGAGGAUAUACCUGUCGGAGAAACUCUGUCCCUUAUCAGGUGUCACUGAAUGCCGGUUACCAUUUCUGUGGCGGUUCCCUCAUCCAUGACCAAUGGGUCCUUUCGGCUGCUCACUGCUUCAAAUCCCGCCUUGCUGUGAAACUGGGAGCCUACAAUAUUAGGAACCCAGAAGGGGAUGAGCAGAUUAUCAUCGCUGAAAAAAUAAUUGUCCAUCCAAACUACAACUCUUGGCUCUUGGAUAAUGAUAUUAUGCUCAUCAAACUGGCGUCACCGGCUGAACUUUCCAGAAGUGUCUCACCCAUCACCUUGGGCUAUGGAUGUCCGGCUGUUGGUACCCACUGCCUUGUCUCAGGAUGGGGUAACACUCUCAGUGAAGGUGUAAACUACCCUGAUUAUCUACAGUGCCUGAAUGCUCCAAUCCUAAGUGAUGAGGAAUGUCAAGCUGCUUACCCAGGACAAAUUACUGAAAACAUGGUCUGUGUUGGCUACCUAGAGGGCGGCAAAGACUCUUGCCAGGGGGAUUCUGGUGGCCCAGUGGCUUGUGAUGGAGUGCUCCAGGGCAUUGUCUCCUGGGGAGUAGGUUGUGCUCUGCCUGGCUAUCCUGGAGUUUACACCAAAGUCUGCAGAUACAUCAACUGGAUCCAUGAAACCAUUGCUGCUAACUGAAGCAACCGCUUUCCUCUUGUUCCAACCUUUCCAUGUGAUUCAUCUUAAUAGAAUAUGAAAUAAAUAGACACUGAUUACCAAAACAA